UGGGGCACGUGAGCAGCGUCGCAGCGACAAUGACUAAGAGACCGCCUUUGUUUGCCAUCCAGGUGCUGCUUCCACUUUUGGCGCACGGCAUCUACAGUAUCUGCAAUCCUGCCCGUGACAGGGCUCCUUCGCAUCAAGUGACGCAGUUUUCCUCCUGUCAAUUGCCUCCGUUCGUUCAUCAGGCGGCGCCCUCAAGAUUUGUGAACAGUCCUUUCCACUCCAGAGCUGCGGCAUGGUCAUCGACAGCAAGUUCAACGCCAGUAUUUAAGCGCCGGUAUCCGUGGGACCGCUUCAGUGGGCACGUGAGCAGCGUCGCAGCGACAAUGACUAAGAGACCGCCUUUGUUUGCCAUCCAGGUAUUUCCACUUGGAACGACAGAGACGGCCAGUGCAACGAAUGAAGCUGUGUGUCGAGUCGGCUCGGGUCACUCGAACGGAGUCUGCGUACAAGGACUGCUGCAUCAAGUCGGCGCCAACAGCUGGACACCAUACCCUUCAUCGUCGUCGUCUUCACUCUACAUAAGGAAUAGCCUGGUCUGGGAUUCCUUCAGUGGGCACACCGGCUGGCAGCCCAACAACAUCACGAUGAAUCCAUUCCUGCUUUUCACGCAGCUGAUGCCGUCUGGUGGAGAUACGUACGGGAACUACUGCUGCUUACAUGGUCCCACAACGGUGGAUCAACGCACAAAAAUCCCGGAAGGAGCAUUUAUAUAGAGAGAAAUAAACAUUUCCUCAU